GGGGGACCCGCUCCAUCAUAUACAGAGGUGCUGCCAGAUUCAGCCUAUCUGGAUUUAUUUAAAUAGAAGACGUGAAGAAUCGGUAGAAGACUUGUUUUUUCUGCCUUUCUGAAAUCUGGGAACUAGGGGGGAUACAAGUCUUGACAUGGCUCGGAUAAACAUCUUUGUCCUGACUGCUUGUCAGCUGGUAAUUGGACUCCUCUCUAGCUCAUUAACUGAAACUUCAUCAUCAACGAAUGAAUGUCCUCAGCUAUGUGUUUGUGAGAUCCGUCCCUGGUUUACCCCACAGUCAACAUACCGAGAAGCCAUAACUGUUGACUGCAAUGACCUUCGUUUAACUCGGAUUCCAGAGAACCUUUCUGCAGAUACCCAGGUGCUUUUGCUACAAAGCAACAACAUAGCAAGGACCAAUGGAGAAUUACAGAGACUUGUGAAUCUUACAGAAUUAGACCUAUCCCAGAACAACUUCACUUCCAUUCAGGAUGUGGGGCUUUCCAAUCUAAGUCAACUUACAACUUUACAUUUGGAGGAAAACCAAGUGUUUGAGAUGCCUGACAAUUGCUUAAAAGACUUGAACAACUUACAGGAGCUCUACAUAAAUCACAACCAGCUUAUCUCCAUCUCACCUAGUGCCUUUGCUGGACUACACAAUUUACUGAGACUGCACCUCAACUCGAACAAGCUCCGUAUGAUUGACAGCCGUUGGUUUGAAUCUACCCCUAACCUGGAGAUCCUGAUGAUUGGAGAAAAUCCAGUAAUUGGCAUCUUGGACAUGAAUUUCCGACCUUUGGGAAAUUUGCGAAGUCUGGUUCUGGCUGGGAUGUACUUGAGUGAUAUCCCAGGGAAUGCCCUGCUUGGUUUGGAUAACUUAGAGAGCCUUUCAUUCUAUGAUAACAAGCUGAGCCGAGUUCCUCAGCUAGCUCUUCAGAAAGUACCCAACCUUAAGUUCUUAGACCUUAAUAAAAACCCAAUCCGAAAGAUUCAAGAAGGAGACUUUAAAAACAUGCUUCGUUUAAAAGAGCUGGGAAUCAACAACAUGGCCGAGCUGGUGUCUCUGGAUCGCUAUGCACUGGACAAUCUUCCCGAGCUGACUAAGCUGGAAGCUACCAAUAACCCAAAGCUCUCCUAUAUCCAUCGAUUCGCUUUUCGGAAUGUGCCUACACUGGAGAGCUUGAUGUUAAACAACAAUGCACUGAACUCUGUUUAUCAUGGGACGGUGGAGUCCCUCCCGAACCUUAGAGAGAUAAGUGUCCACACUAACCCUCUGCGAUGUGAUUGUGUUCUACACUGGAUGGGUUCCAAUCAAACGACUAUCCGUUUCAUGGAGCCACUCUCUAUGUUUUGUGCACUUCCACCAGAGUAUCGUGGGCAGCCGGUGAAAGAGGCAGUGGCCCAGGACCCUGCAGGAGAACAGUGUCUUCCUAUGAUUUCUCAAGAUACCUUCCCUAGCCAUCUCAACCUAGACCUAGGAAUGACAGUCACUCUUGAUUGCCGGGCAAUGGCAGAGCCUGAACCAGAAAUCUAUUGGGUGACCCCGUUGGGACAUAAGGUGACCACGGAGACCCUCUCUGACAAGUAUCGUCUAAGCGAGGAGGGAACAUUGCAGAUUUCCAAUGUGCAAGUUGAGGAUUCUGGACGUUACACAUGUGUGGCACAAAAUUCCGAAGGGGCAGACACAAGGGUAGCCACAUUAAGAGUAAACGGAACCCUGCUGGAUGGAACCCAAGCCCUUAGGCUAUAUGUCCAACAGGCUGAGUCCAGCUCCAUUUUGGUGUCCUGGAAGGUUAGCUCCAAUGUUUUUGCUUCUAACCUGAAAUGGUCAUCAGCCACCAUGAAAAUUGAUAACCCACACAUUACUUAUACAGCCCGUGUCCCAGCUGAUGUUCACGAAUACAACUUGACACAUCUUCAGCCAGCCACCGAGUACGAAGUGUGCCUGACUGUGUCUGGCCUACAUCAGCAGGCUCAGCGCGCCUGCCUAAACGUCACCACUAAAAGCACAUCAUACUCGCUGACUGUCAGUGACCAGGAGACCAGUGCCGCCCUGGCUGCUGUGAUGGGCUCCCUCUUUGCCCUCAUCAGUUUUGCUUCAGUUUCCAUUUACGCAGCCAAAAGGUUCCAGAGAAAAAACUAUCGUCACUCUCUAAAGAAGUACAUGCAGAAAACAUCAUCGAUCCCACUGAAUGAGCUUUACCCUCCACUCAUCAGUCUGUGGGAGGGAGACAAUGAGAAGGAUAAAGAAGGGGCAACAGAGUCGAAAGCUUCCCAAGUGGACACGUCACAAAGCUAUUACAUGUGGUAACCCACAGAAUGGAGAUAAUAUAAUGGAGCACAAGAUUUGUCGAACACUCAUUUUUUCUGACCUUUGCGCUCUGUUUUUCUUCUGUUCCUCUGUUUAUUGAGUUUAGAUGCAAGUACAUACAUGGCCUUGCCAAAAUAAGGGAAACCACUUUAGAUCUCGGAGUUCCUUGUGCAAGGCUAGAAUAAGUAUACAUUGCUCACAUCCCAAAUUGAAAAUGUUUUUCAGUUACACCAUAAUUGAGCUUCAGUUUACCGUAAGGUCGUGUGUCGACCAUAUUUACAAUUAUUAAUAAUUAACAAAUUCCUCUUGGUAAGAUGUAUCGUUUUUUCAAACAUGAAAUAAUUUUGUCAAUUUUCUUAUUUUCUGAUGUUCUUCUGGAAGCUUUAUUUCUGAGCGUUGACUGUUGUAUUCACGGGGGGGGACCCAUAGCGACAGAUAAAAAUAUAAAUUGUUAACUUGGAUAUAAAGAUAUGCAAAGAGUA